UAGCUAGCCAGCCAUGAUUACCAACAAGCUCUCUGUUGCCAUUUUAAUCUUCUCCCUUCUCUUUUCCUCAGCAUUCUCAACAUUCUCUACUGACUGUAUCCCAUGCAUGCCCAAGCCCAAGCCUAAGCCAAUGCCACCUCCGAAGGCUCCCCCGGUGAACCCUUUUUGCCCUAGGGACACCCUGAAGCUCGGGGCGUGCGUGGACCUCCUUGGGGGGCUGGUUAACAUUGUCGUUGGAUCGCCACCUUCGAGCAAAUGCUGUGCUUUGCUCGAAGGCUUGGCUGACUUGGAGGCCGCGGCUUGCCUCUGCACGGCCAUUAAGGCCAACGUGCUCGGAAUUAACUUAAAUGUGCCUGUUACACUUAGCUUGCUCCUUAGUGCAUGUGAGAAAUCCAUUCCUCCGGGCUUCCAAUGCGGUUAGGAUCGAAAUGGUGGUUCAAGAAGCCAAGUUGAUCAGCACAUUGUGUUCUUAACUUAUUCAAUUGUGUUUUGAAUAUGUUGUUGCUGUGAUUAAUCAUUCAAUUUGUUUGCUUUGUUUUUUUUGUUGAUUUGUUGUGAUUAAUUUGUUCCA